AAUAGCCAGCGUGUAGCAUUUUUUUCAGCGGAAAGGAAGACCGUUUGAUUGUAGGUUUCGUCUGCCAGUGUAUGUACAAUGCGGUUAGCUAGAAGGGGGAAAAACGUCUUGUUAUGUCGAUGUAUAGGAUUCAUUAGAUUUAAUUGCUGUAACCUUCGAUAGCUUACUACAACGGCUUUUAAUAAUAACCGUUAGCUGUCUAUGUUAGCAUGCCAGUUAGAUCAGUGUAGCUGUCGCUCACUCUACCUUGAAUUAUCACAGCUAGACUAGAUAUCUGAAAAAGGGAAAUGUAGCAAGGCAGCUGACUUAAUUAACGUUAGCUAGCUAGCUAGCUAUUCGAAGCGAAAGCGAAUCCAUGCUAUAUUAACCAGCUAAGUAACUAGCCUGGUACAUUAUGCCAUUUUCUAUUAUAAUUAGUUGGAUAAGAGAAGAAUAGGCUUUCAUCGGGACAUGAUGGCGUUGAAGUAAAAUGGAAGGAGAAAAUUGACAAGGAGAUGUACAUUUGUAGAUUUACAGCCAAGACAUCAGUUUCUUGUACGGAUAGAAAAUAGUAGCUAGCAUUAGCUAGACUGCCGAAGUCGAGGGGUGUUAUUUGGCUAGCUAUCUACCAAGUUAGCCAGUUUGCUAAAGACAGUUCUGGGAAGCGUAGUUGUGAAGAUGAUGUAUUCUUCUCGAAGAAAACCGGUUCUCUACUUUAAAGAGGACAGAAGAUUUCUGUCUUGGAAAUGCAGUGUGCUGAAGCUGUUCUGCCUGUGCAUGGCCUUGGUCCUGGGCCCGCUUCUGUGGCUACAGCUCAGCUGCUCGGGUGACAUGAGCCGCGCUGUGGUGGAGGACAGUCAUGUGCCUCACCAACCCUGCCUGCUGGACAGACAGCCAUCCGCAGCGGACGACCCCUCUUGGGGUCCUCAUAAAAUGGCCCUCCUCAUCCCUUUCCGGGAGAGAUUUGAAGAGCUGCUGGUCUUCGUCCCUUACAUGCAUGCCUACCUGAACAAGAAGAAAAUACGACACAAGAUCUUUGUCAUCAACCAGUUGGAUCACUAUCGCUUCAAUAGGGCUUCACUUAUCAACGUCGGCUUCGUGGAAAGCGGGAAUGACACCGAUUACAUCGCUAUGCAUGAUGUAGACCUGUUGCCUCAGAAUGAAGCGCUGGACUAUGGAUUCCCAGAACAGGGGCCCUUUCACAUAGCUUCCCCGGAGCUGCAUCCGCUCUACCACUAUAAGACCUACGUGGGAGGGAUACUGCUCCUCACUAAGCAGCACUAUCAAAUGUGCAAUGGCAUGUCCAACCGGUUCUGGGGCUGGGGAAGGGAAGACGAUGAGUUCUACAGGAGACUGAGAACAGCUGGAUUACAGCUGUUUCGACCCAGUGGGAUAACCACGGGUUACAAAACCUUCCGACACAUUCACGACCCUGCCUGGAGGAAGAGAGACCAGAAGAGAAUAGCUGCCCAAAAGCAGGAACAGUUCAAGGUGGACCCGGAGGGUGGGUUGACCAACCUGCGGUACAAGGUGGAGUCCAGGCAGGAGCUCACGAUCAGCGGUGCCCCCUGUACUGUCAUCAGUGUUACACUGGAGUGUGACCAUAGCCAAACGCCUUGGUGUCUACUAAGUUAGUAUGCCUUGAAUCUGGUCACGUGGACCAUAGGUCAGUGGAGAGGGGUCUGGAUCCGCCUUCUGGCUGCAUACAGAGGCUGCCAGGGACCAGGAAACCCCUCUGUGUUACGCCAACAAAGACAUGUAGGCAUAAAGGCAGGGCAUGGAUGGCCACUGCAGUGACAGCGUCAUUUAAACUGGACUAGUAUUUCCCCCUUUGUCUUUCAGUUCUGGAUAAACUACAUAAUAGCUGCCUAAGUUGGUCUUGGAGAAAAGUGCUGAAUCACGGACUAAAUUUCAGGGACUUUUUUGAAGAGGUCACAAAACUGAACCUUUUGCUAGGAUCUUAUGUGAGCAGAAAUGAGGUACACAUUGUAUGUGGAAACAAUUUAACAGGACUUUUUUUUUUGAAGAGAUAGCAGUUGGCAGAUGAUCCAUUUGGAGUGAAUUUGCUAUGGUAAUACAGGUAAUACUUGGAGAUGUUGAAAUGUAUUUCAUGUACUUCUGGAACGUUUUACGUGUGCUUCAGUCAGUAUUAUUGUUUACAUGUGGUGUCUGAAAAUCAUACAUUGCAAGACUGUUCUUUCCUUCAAAGGCACUUGAAGUUGUGUUACCAUUUCAGAGUGGGUGGAAAGGUGCUUGGAUGGAAAGACCUGUUUUGUCAUCAUGAACCUCAUGCUGCUUGGUAAAGGAGUUUCCUUGAUACGCUAACAGUGCCACAAUAGGUUUUAUGUCCAAGUUGUAAAACACUUUGUUCCCUGUUUGAUUUGUUUUAUCGGCGGACUGAAGCAGGAGGUCAAGAGGACCGCGUUGAUGUGAUCCUAUCAGUAAACAGAGCACAUGACAUGAACUCUUAACUGUAUCCCUUUACAUACUGCGUCAGUUGCGCAAAAACAAAGCCUUGGUAUAAUCUGUUGGCUUUCAUACAACGGAGAUUAAAUGGUAUGGUACGUGUGUUUGCACAGUAUGUAUAUAAAGUGCUGAAUCAGAGACCUGUAAAAUGUGUGGUCCUGCUCAUUCCUCUUUCCUGCUGUUUUUUUUUUCUUCAAUGCAACUUUUCAAAAAUAUAUUACCU